UUUUUUUUCUUCAGAUCUUGAUUUUUAAACGACAUGUCAACUUACGCUAAUAAAGUGUCCAGUCGUAAGGGCAAUAACUCAAAAAAGGGACAAGCUCAUCAAAAUACAACAGCUUGGAAGGCUAACAAAAAUUCGAAAAAGACUCGACAAAUUGCAGCUUUACCUGUAUAUGGGCUCUGUCAACGAUGUACUGAUGUCAUUUUGUGGCGUAAAAAAUACAAAAAAUAUAAACCUCUAACUACAGCUAAAAAAUGUACUUCAUGUCAAGAAAAGGCUAUUAAAGAAGCAUAUCAUGUUUUGUGUGAUAAUUGCGCUCGUUCAAAAGGUGUAUGUGCAAAAUGUCUAGAGAAGAAGGAAGUCCUUGUAACUAAGGAUGAAAUUAAGACCAAUGUUGAUGAGAUUAAGGAAGAACAAGAAUUAGAACGAAUGCUGAGCAGAAUGACGCUUCGUCAAAGACGAAGUUAUUUGCGUAAAUUAGAAAGAGGAGACGAUGUAUCUGGUAUUGUACCUAAGGAAGGUGAAAGUGAUUUCGACUUUGAGGAUAGUGAAUUUGAGUUUGACGAUGAUGAAGAUGAUGAAGAUAAUGAAGAGAGCAAUGACGAAGAAGAAAAUAAAUAAUC